AUGGCGGUUUUAAGCAGAGAAACGUCGUCUGGGGAUGAUGACGGUGCUCUCUCCGUCACCGCGGGGCUUGCGAAGGAGGCUGAGGUAUUGUUCCAGUCGGGGAAGUUUGGGGACUGUAUCAAAGUUUUGAAUCAGUUGUUAGAGAAGAAAAAGGACGAUCCAAAGGUUCUUCAUAAUAUCGCUAUUACGGAGUCCUUUCGAGAUGGUUGUUCAGACCCAAAGAGGUUGCUUGAAGUACUGACUAAUGUUAAGGCAAGCCCAGGCUGCCCAAUAGGCGAAAUGCCUGAAACCAAACGAAGUGAAGAUCUUGCUUGUGCAGCUGGGGAAAAUGUAGAUGCUGUUGGCAACCUUGGGAACAAAACUCUAAUAGGAACUAAGGGAAAUAAUAGUAUGCCAAUGUUGCAUCAAUUUUCUGAGGCAAAUAGUUCACAAAUUGCUUACACUGAUGAGUAUGACACAUCUGUGACAAUGUUUAACAUGGCAGUUAUCUGGUUUCACCUCCACGAAUAUGGAAAAUCAUUCUCAAUUUUAGAAUCAUUGUUUCAGAAUAUUGAACCAAUAGAUGAGGCGACAGCUUUUCGGAUUUGCCUUUUGAUACUGGAUGUUGCAUUACUUUCUGACCAUGUAUUGAGAUCUGCAGAUGUAGUUAACUAUGUGGAAAAAGUAUUUUUUAUCAAUAACUUGAUCAGUCAAGGUGAUAACGGAAACUCCGCACAGCUGCAAUCUUCAACCCUUGUACCAAAACCUACUUCAGUUCCAAGCAGUAUAACCGUCCCAGAUGCUUCUGGUUCUGAUUUGUCCACCAGUGCAAAUGCCUCGGAAAGUCCUUUAUCCAGAACUUUAUCAGAGGAGAAUAUUGAAACCUUUUUAUCAACCCUUGACAUCAGUGGACAGAACCCACCCAGACCAUCUGGCCUCCCAGCAUCAAAUGAUCUUGCAAGGACACAAGUUUAUGAAUCCAUCUCAACCAUCGAUUUGAGGCUCAAGUUGCAUCUUUACAAGGUUCAAUUUCUGCUUUUGACUAGGAACCUCAAAGCAGCCAAGCGCGAAGUUAAGAUGGCUAUUAACAUGGCAUGUGGAAAAGAUUAUACGUUAGCUCUUUUUUUGAAGUCCCAACUUGAAUAUGCUCGUGGGAACCACCGGAAAGCUAUCAAGCUAUUGAUGGCAUCAAACAAUCAAGCAGAAAUGGGGAUCUCAAGUAUAUACCACAACAAUCUUGGGUGCAUCUAUUAUCGAAUUGGCAAGUACCACACAUCAUCUGUGUUCUUUUCCAAGGCAGUGAGUUUUAGUUCAUCUUCACGGAAGGAAAAACCUUUGAAGCUCUCAACUUUCUCACAGGAUAAAUCUCUGCUCAUUGUAUAUAACUGUGGAAUGCAGUACUUGGCUUGUGGGAAACCAAUACUUGCUGCUCGUUGUUUCCACAAGGCCAGUUUAGUUUUCUAUAAUCGACCUCUCUUAUGGCUGCGACUUACAGAAUGUUGUCUAGUGGCGCUGGAGAAGGGACUUCUAAAGUCCAGUGCAGCUCCAUCUGACAGAUCAGAAGUUAAGGUUCAUGUUAUUGGAAAGGGAAAAUGGAGGCAACUUGCUAUGGAAGAUGGGAUUUGUAGGAAUGGGCAGGUGAAUUUUGAUGGAAGAGAAAAUUUAUUUUUGGGUGAUGAUAGACAACCUGCUCUCUCAAUGUCAUUCGCCAGGCAGUGUCUUCACAAUGCAUUGCAUUUACUGAACUGUUCUGAAGCAAAAUAUUCAAAUUCUGGAUUGCCGUCUAAUUCAGCAGUGGAACCAAUGGAAGAAGAUGAAUCAAGAGAAGCAAUAUCAUUGAACAAUACAAACUACAAGAGUGCAUCAGACUCUUAUGCCAAGCCAUUUAAUGUGACUGAGGGAUCAGGGCAGGUUAAUGCAAAUGGGGAAGUGAAAGAACAGAAGGGUGCGAAUAGCCUGAAUUCCUCCUUACAAAGCUCCAUCUCUGACUUUGAUGCAAUAUGUAGAAAGGAAAACCAGAUGAUCAAGCAAGCACUUCUUGCUGAUUUGGCAUAUGUAGAGUUGGAAUUAGGAAAUCCGUUGAAGGCCUUGUCGGCAGCAAGGUCUCUCUUGAGACUUUCGGAAUGUUAUAAAAUUUACAUAUUUUUGGGCAAUGUAUAUGCAGCCGAGUCUUUGUGCUUGCUAAACCGGCCAAAGGAAGCUGCGGAGCAUUUAUUGACGUACAUGUCCGGUGCAAACUCUGUGGAAUUGCCCUACAUCCCAGAGGACUGUGAACAGUUCCAAGCUGAGAAAACUAUGGAUUGUGAGGAGUGGAAUGACGGAUCGGUGGCUGUCAAUACUUCUGCCGAUGAAUCACAAGAUGUGUUCCUCAAGCCUGAAGAGGCUCGUGGAACUCUUUAUGCAAACCUAGCUGCCAUGUCUGCGAUGCAGGGAGAUCUUAAGCAGGCCCAUCAAUUUGUGAUGCAAGCCAUGUCUUCAAUACCGGACAGCCCACAAGCUGUUCUUACCGCCAUUUAUGUGGAUCUCAUGCAUGGGAAUACGCAAGAAGCCCUUGCCAAGUUGAAACAGUGUAAUCAUAUUAGAUUUCUCCCUGGCAAUUUAACACCAAAUGGCUCUUGUUGAUGGUUCUAUUGGUGGCUUGUGGAACUCUUUGUGCAAACCUAGCUGCCAUGUCUGCGAUGCAGGGAGAUCUCAAGCAGGCCCACCAAUUUCUGAUGCAAGCAUUGUAACGUCUCGUGGCCAGCCCACCACUCUGAGUUAGCAGGUAGGUCAGCAAUCCUUUUUAGAGGAUUUGUAACGGAAUAAGUUUUUUUGUUACUAUUUUUUUGUUUAUUUCCAUAAUUUUCCCAUCAUAGGGUUCGGUAGUUGUUGUUGGUGGUGGUGGCUGAGAUCAUUUUGGUUGUUGCAGAUGCCCAUCUAUAAGAUUUGAGAUGUAGUUUUGAUUCAGAUAAUAGUGUUGUAGUGGCUGAUUCAGUUUCAAUUCAAGAGUAUAGAGAUCAUUUGCUCCUGAGAAAUGAAUUUU